AACAUUUUUACCAAGAACAGACAUUUUCCACCAUAAUCUAAAACGCCAAACUGAACCAAACGACUAAAACGACAGUGAUUGCUCAUACAUUUUGGAAAAUAAAAUUAAAUAGUUCAAGUUUCAUGCAGUUUUAAAGAUAUUAGAGCUUUCCCAAAUCUCAGUACAUAGCUGAGGUAUAUUUAUUCUUUUUGAUGGCUCCUUCCAAAGUUACAACUCUGUUGCCAGCUGCAAAUAUUAAUCGCAAGGGAAUAUUAACUCGGUCACAAAAUCAAAAUUUAAUUGCAAAUAAUUUAAUAUGUAAAGGAAAGCGUAAAGCUGAUGCAAGUCCGGGGAAGGAGCAAAUUGCCAAACGUUCUGCAUUCGGGGAUAUUACUAAUGAUGUUAAUAAUGUCCAAAUUCAUGAAAACAAGAAAGGUGUCACUAAGAAGCUGCAGAAUAAAAUUAUUACUACAUUGAAAGCAACAUCUGUUAAACAAAAUGUAGCUAAUUUAGAGAAUAUUCCUUUACAACCAACUGUAAGGUUGAACAAAAUAUUGACUAGGGCGUCUAUUAAGGACCCUUCUGUCGUUUCAACUACGGCUGUAAAGCCAAAAGAAAAUCUUAAGCCUGAUGCAGCCAAAUUAAAUAUUAGACGAAUUACAAAUGAAUUUGAAAGGACUGAAGAUAGCUUAUAUGUUUCUGCUGUUGAAGAAAUAUCAAAUGAAUCUAAGUAUUCAACACUCAAAGAAGCUGAAGAGGCCAAACCAGUGAAACAACAAUCCAGACUUUCUAUUCUUCGAGCUGGAAUUGUUCCUGAUGGUGUUCAUGAUUAUGAUAAAGAAAAUUGGCAUGAUGUUUUUCAGGUUUCAGAGUAUGCUAUGGAUAUAUUCCAAUAUUUAAGGGAUAGAGAAUCAUCUUUUGUCAUGGAUGAUUACAUGUCCAAGCAAACAUUCAUCACUCCAUGGAUGAGGUCGUUGCUUGUAGAUUGGAUGGUAGAAAUUCAAGAAAGUUUCGAAUUGAAUCAUGAAACCUUGUAUUUGGCAGUGAAACUUGUUGACUUAUAUUUGUGCAAAGUUACAGUAACAAAAGAUAAACUACAGCUUUUGGGUGCUGCAGCACUCUUCAUUGCAGCUAAAUUUGAUGAAAGAAUUCCACCACUAGUUGAGGAUUUCUUAUAUAUAUGUGAUGGCGCUUAUUUGCAGAGAGAAUUCUUACGUAUGGAGAUGAAUAUCUUGAAAAUGGUUGAUUUUAAUUUAGGAAUACCUCUUAGCUACAGAUUCUUAAGGCGUUUUGCUAGGUGUACAAAGGUUAAUAUGCCCACUCUGACUCUUGCACGUUUUAUUCUGGAAUUUUCAUUAAUGGACUAUGAUACAAUAAAAAUCAGUGAUUCAAAAUUAGCUGCCGCUGCUUUAUUUUUGGCAAUCAAAAUGAAAAAAGUUUCUGAAUGGACAAAUGUAUUAGAAUUCUAUACAGGUUAUACAGAAAAAGAAAUAUUUUCCACAGUGUGCCUUCUCAAUAAUAUCCUUAGGGUUAAACCAAAACAAGCAUUAAGCACUGUUCGAAAUAAAUAUUCUCAUAAGAUAUUCUUUGAAGUUGCCAAAACACCUUUAUUGACGAAUGAGCAAUUAUCAUCACAAGAGAAAUAAGUUUUAUAUUCUGCAAUUUUUAUUUUGUACAAACUUAGUUUUAUAGUAACAUUUUAUUUAUUAGGUUGAAAUAUUUUAUACUUGUACUUUGAUAUGCCAAU